AUGAAUUAUCAGAAAGCAAGCAAGGGCCAGGAACGUGACAUCCGGGCAGACACCCCGGCUUGCUUUGAAGGUGCAAGUCUUACGUAUCAAAUUUUCUCUUGUUCAUUGCAUCAACCCUCGUUAGCAAACAGCAGACCUGGAACAUCUGCUUGCCAAAAGGUAUCGCGCCCAACUUCUGAGGUGGGCAUUUUACCAUUUUCUCUAGUUUGUAAAGGUCUGAAAGGCAACACAGUCUCAAGGAACUUUAUGAAUCCUUAUGAGGAUUCUGCUUAUCUUUCGGAAUGUGCAUCUGGAGGACGUAAUGGUUUGAAUGGUCACAAUGGAGUUGCUCCUACAGAUGCCGUCUCUCACAGGCCAGAUAGCAACGAUGGAGAGGGAGAUGAUGCUCAAGACAGAUCUUCUUUGGCAAGAGAAAAAGCAGGUGUACUUCCAAGAAGGCUAGAAAGCAUGCUUUCUGAGUUAGAAAAGACAGAGUCUUCUACUGACUUGCAUUUCUCAUUGUCCACUCUCAACCACAGGGUUUCUAGAGAAUGUUGUGAAGCAGCAGAACCCACAUCUUUAAUGAACUAUUUCAGCAUAGAUUCAGAUUUGGCAUGUUCAAACAACAGGACAUUUACAUCUUCUGCUGAAGAUCAAGCUAUACAGGAAAGUAACAUGAGUGGUGCCAAUUGUGAAACACAGCAGAUAAAAACAGUGGAUGUUGGAAUUAGAACCUCCAUGGCAACUAACAAAUGGAAUGUCUGUGGUGGAAAUGCUGACCAAAGAAGUUUGCCUGAGCUAGUAGCAAGACCUAAAAUAAGAAAACAAAAUUAUGCAAACCAGUUGGAGAGAGAGAGUCUUCUUGCUAGUAAUGAUGAAGAGGAAAGGGGUUCCAGGAGGACAAGGGAAACUGCUGAAGUCCAGCAAGGCUCUGCUGCAUGUGCCUUGCAAAAUAGAAAAGAAGAAAAAAGUUCUAGUAUGUUCUUUGAGUCAAAGUGCAGAAGAUAUCGAAAGAACCCAGAAAGAGACCUAAGGAAAAAUGCUGUUGCUCAAGGACAAAAAGGUGUGGUAGAUAGCACUUCUUCGGAUGAGGUUGAACACUGCAAUAAAUGCUUAUCAAAAUCCCACAAAGAGGAAGACAGCUCAGAAUGCAGUGGUGGAGAAUGGCCUACGUCUGUGCCUAGCUGUUCUACUGCUACAGGAAAAGAGUCGUCCUCAAGUGGUGACUGCUGUGAGACUUUCCCAUGCAGAGAGAAACGUGAUCCUAAAGUGCAGAGCAGCAGCAGCAGUGGUGUAGAAGAGGAGAACACAAGCUUCACUUCCCAAGGAGGCAAACAGACAUCACUGGAGAAAGGAGAGUGUCCAUCGUUGCAGCAUCGGGAACAAGUAGGAAGUAGCCGUGAAGAGGAAAAUGGUCCGGUGCGUCCUGGAUUCUUCAUGUUGGAUGGAAACAACAACUGUGAGGGUGACUCCAGGGUGACUGAAGACCUGGAUCUGGACAUGAGUGCACUUGAUGAGUUUGGCCUAGCACUUCCUCCAGCCCUUCCUUUCAUGGAUCCUCGGUUUUUCACAUUUGCAGCAGUAGAGGAACGCAUACAAGAAGCUGUGGAUCAAUUGCUUGAAGAGGCCAUAUUUGGCCCUGCUGAAGUCCAGACUACCAAAGCAGCCAUUGACUGUCUGCCACAGAUUAUCAUCACAGAUGACCGUGAUGGUGUAGGUCAACAAGAAUGUUGUGUUAUCUGUUGGAGUGACUAUGUGCAAGAUGAAAUUAUAACAGAGCUACCCUGUCAUCAUCUGUUUCACAAAUCUUGUGUAAUUCCUUGGUUAGAGAAAGCUGGAACAUGCCCAGUGUGUCGUCACAUGCUUGCACCUGUACUUUCUGAAUCACCUGCUCAUCAAGUUUCCUUUCUGUUUGAUCAUGAUAAUAUUUCUCUAAACAGUGCUGCAGAAACUUCUAACUAG